AGUCCCUUUAUCAGCAAAAAACUAUGAUCAGUACGACUGGUAUAACUAUGAAGAUGCAGGCUCAGGAGAAAACGAUGUGAAUGGAGACUACAGGAAUGAAGAAAGGGGGCUAGAUGCAAACAUCUUUGACACCUUUCUUGUGAGAAAUGGCGAGCAAGACACCAAAGAAAUCAACAAUGAUGAUGGAGGCUCAGGUGAAAAUUAUGUGCUCGAGACAGAAGACUACAAUAAUGAAAAAAGAGGACUAGAUUCGACCGCCGAAGAUCCUGAUUUUGAAGAGGGAAGCGGCGAUAUAACCACACGCGGUCUAGCUGGGCAGAAUAAACGUCAGCUCGAGGCUUUGAUCGGCUCAGAAGGUGUUGGGCAUCUGGUGUCGGCAGCAACAGACAUCGGGGUUAAUGUUGUCAACAAGAUUUUUGACUGGAUUGCCGGGUCCGGGGGUGAAUCAAAACUGGAGAAGGUAUCAAGCGGUCUGCAGGACUACCUGGGGAAACAGAUGGACAAGUUCGACGAUGAGUACAAAGACCUGCUGAAGGACACCAGUGGGCUGGCAGCGGGUUUGAACCGACCAGUGAAAGAGGCGGACAUCCAGCUCGUUCCCAAGCCAGGAGGAACAAUGGGUAACAUGUAUGCACCGCCAGGCUGGGAGAUCCGACAUAAGUACAAGUACAAGGAAGACAGUGAUAAGGAUAAGGUCAGUUCCGGCGGACAAGCAGCAGCCUACACCUACCCAGCCGGACUAGGACCAGUUCUGAUGAACGGCUGCUUUGGAACAGGUUAUAAGAAUGGAGACCCCUGCUACAAGGCCAAGAUUCCAAGAACAGGCUGCCCGAACCUAAUUGACGGUGCAACCUACCUCGGCGUCGGUUUUGACGGAAGGGGUGUGUACUCGGCUGAAUCAAGGAAGAAAAGUAUCAUCCAGAGAUCAUGCAGCAACCUGCAAACAUACGGCAAGAACGAGGUCCCGGACUGCAUGACCGUUCAAGGCAUAUACGACACCGGUGUUGAAUCCCACGCAUUCAAUUCAAUGGAAGAAUACAGGAGAUAUUUGGAGGAGAAAUCAGCUGUUACUUCUGCAAAGGCCAUGUUUCAGGAAGAAAUCUAUAAGGCUUCUGCAUAUAGUACAAUCGGCAAUCUUAUUUGGGCAGUUGGAACAGGAGUCUCCACGCAGUAUGGUGGAUCCAAGCAGUCAUCUGGGUCCCAUGCCAGCUCCUCCGCUAGAGGUCGGCUGGGUGAAAAACAGACACAGAGAUUCAUGGCCAUGCUAGAAAUUAACAUAUUCAGGUAUGAGAUUUUUAUGGACGAUGUCAAACCUGACCAGCUGAGUGUUGGCUUUCUGCGAGAUUUCAUCUCCCUUCCCCAGUCAUAUUUUUCUUCUGGUGCAGAAAUAGCAUUUCAAAACUUCUACCUCCGCUGGGGAACACACUACAUCAAGUCAGCCACAUUUGGUGGCCAGCUGAAAAUCAUGAAAACAAAGGUAGCAACAAAGGACCUGUCGAUGUCUGAAUUUGCCACUAGAGCCGAGGCUGACUGGAAGAUGACCCUAAAUACAUUCGGAGCGUAUGCGUCACAAAGCAACAUAGAGUUCGGGUAUAUAAAAGAGGCAAAGACUGAGAUAAAGCAAAAAAACGGAAAGGCAGCUGCCGGUUCAGCAUCAUCUGCCAACAGAUACCAGUGGAAACAAGCGUCAUCCCAGGAGUACAGUAGCGAGGUGAUGGUGGUUCAAGGUGGAGACCAGAAGAUCGCCGCUGCCAUCACGGAGAUGUACACGACAGCCCUAACAACAGAGCUGAAGGACUGGUUGGAGUCCAUUGACGACUACCCCAAACCUUUCUCUUUUGUGUUGAGGCCAGUUUCGGAAUUGCUGAACAUCCCAUUCGACUCGCUCUUCCCUGCAGGAAAUGUCGACUAUGGAUGUCUUGGUACAAGACAGCUAAAGACAGAAAAGAAGACAGGCCGAAAAUACUAUACACAAGAGACAGUAAACCCGGAUGUUGGUAACACAGCAGCUAAAAAUAGCAGUAAGACAAUAAUGGUCUCCGAGAUCCGUUAUUGUGACUUCGCGGACCGCAAUGAUCUCGAAAACAGCAUGACCAAGAGAAGGCUAUCCCUUGAACGUGCUGUGACUGUGUACUUAGAGGAGGGCCGUCUCCUGAGUUCAGACUUCCUCCUGCCAGCUGGAGAGGCAGGCUGUGAAACCGCCAUGCUGGCAUACCUGCAAGGAAGCAAAAGCGGAGUCCCCACAUGGAAGGAAAUGAUCGGCGGAAAUGAGUUCACGGUCAUUUUUGACAUGCCCUACGACAUCCCAGGGAUUAUUCAGGCUCAAGACGUGCUGCAGCUGAAGUUCAUCAGUCGCAUGUGGCUCUCAACAAGAAUCGGGUCUGCACCUCAUUUAUAUGACGGCUAUGACAACGGAGGGAGCAACGACGUCCAGGAAAAAAAGGUCAGCGUUCAGGGCCUUGUUAUGACAUAUACUGAGGGAACAGGUGUCUUUACGGUGACGGAUGACGACUUCAAGGCAUCAGUUUCCAUCCUACCAGACUUACCACAGUGGAUUAAAGGUCGCAAAGUAGCCAGAGCUGAGUACAAAAAACUUCUUAACCACCUAGGCCGGAAAAUGGAUACAAUGGGAGAUGUUCCGUGUAGCAUCCAAUGGUCCAACGCGCAUAAUUUUAACCCAAACGGUAAGGGGAAGUGCAUUCACUUCACUGCAGCAUCAGAGGGCGACAUCUUUGUCGUGUUUGCCAGCAUCCCGCAAAACCAUGAGACAUGGAUAUACAUACAGAUCUCACCAGAGGGAGUUGCAUUAUAUAAGGCAAUGCGGCUUCAAACGACCCAGCUGAAUGACAAGGCCGGGGGACUAGGUUCGGCAACCCUGUACCAGUCGUACUUUGCCUGUGUGACUGAAGAUGCAACGGACAAAACCACAGUCAUCCAAUAUGGUAAAAUGCCUUACAAUGAGGAGCGCCCGCAUGUGUGGCUUGGUUUCACUUUCCACGAGGUGGCGUCCCUGCGAUACUAUUCCUUCGGCAGUGGGGAGUCUCCUGUGAAGGUGAUGGGACUGUCACUGCUGGACAAGCCGGCAAAGGACUUCAUCAUCUGCCGGGAAGGGACGGAGAUGGUUGACGGGGUCUGCCGGCAGAAAUGCCACCCCGAGUGUAAAGGAUGUCGCACAAGUGGAUCAAACUCUCCAACUGACUGCAUUGCCUGUAAACAUUUGAAAGUAUCUAAGGAUAGGCAAAUAGGCUCCUUCGAAUGCGUCACACAGUGCCCGCCUCACAUGCAAGCUAGUAUUGCAACGAAAACCUGCACAUGCAUAAAGAAAAUGGAAAAGGCACAUCCAGAUGGUGUUGUGUACUGUGUGACAGACUGCCCUCUGACCCACUUUGAUGAUAACAACGUGUGCAAAAAAUGCAGCAGUUUUUGCAAAGACAUCAACCACGUUGGAAACAGCCAAUCAAAUGCAUUAAAUCAGACCAAUGUCGUGGGAAAGAGAAUCUGCUCAGGCCCGGCUUCAACAGACUGUGACACGUGCAAGUAUCAACAUGAGGGACGCUGUGUGGAAGAAUGCAGACCUGGACAGAAAGCUGUGAAGACCGGAGAACACGGAGCCUUCACCUGCCGUCGAUGUCACCCCGGGCAUGAGUGCAAGCUUGGGGACGAGCGGGAAGACAUCUGUCCAGCGGGAACGGCCAGUAACGACAAAAGCACAAAGUGCGUGCCGUGUGCAGCAGGGGAGUUCAGCAACUCUUCGGGAGCGGCGUCUUGUCAGAAGUGUCCCGCCGGAAAAUACAGCACUGGCGGGGGGUCCACAAGCUGUUUAGACUGUCCCGCCGGAAAGUACAGCAGUACAGCAGGGUCCACGGGUUGUACGAUUUGUCCUGCCGGGAAAUACAGUAGUAGGACGGGGUCAGACCUUUGUGAGACAUGUCCUGCUGGUAAAUACAGUGAGAAAGAGUCAACUGUUUGUAAGACCUGCCCUGUCGGAAAAUACAGCAGCAAAGUUGGGUCAACGGGUUGCAUUGACUGUCACGCCGGAGAGUACAGUGACGUUGAGGGGGCAACGAGCUGUAAGGCAUGCCCUGUUGGUAAAUACAGCAUCAAAACAGAGUCGAAUAGUUGUAUGGGCUGCCCCGCUGGACAAUACACUGACACAGUAGGGUCCACAAGGUGUAAGUCCUGUCCUGCUGGAAAAUACAGCAACGGAGUCGAAUCAACUAUGUGUAUGACCUGCCCUGCUGGAAAAUACAGCGACAAAUUGGAGUCAACGAGCUGUAUGGGAUGUCCCGCUGGACAAUAUAGUGAAACAACUGGGUCUACAAGUUGUGAGGCCUGUCCUCCUGGAAAAUACAGCAACAAUGUGGCGUCAACUAGUUGCAAGACCUGUCCUGCCGGACAAUACAAUAACCGAGCGGGGGCUAGGAGUUGCAGGGUCUGCCGCGCCGGAACGUACAGCAGCGCAGGGUCCACGGGCUGUAGGACCUGUCCACGCGGAAUGAAUAGCCGACAAGGGUCGUCCAGAUGUACAUGCCCAUCUGGCUACACAAUGUCCCGAGGAAGUUGCUUCAAGGUCUACGGAAAUGCCAAAAACUACGAUGGGGCGAGGAGAGCCUGCAUUUCAGAUAGUGGACGACUGGCAAUGCCUAAAAGCAGUGCCGUCAAUACGUUCAUACAGGGCCUGGCUAGAAGGGACAAACGAAACGGGGAUUAUUUCAUCGGACUGAGUGAUGAACGAGUCGAAGGCCAUUGGCGGUUUGCUGACAAUUCCCCUCUAGGAAGCUACAAGAACUGGAACCCGCGCGAACCCAACAACUAUAGAGGGGGUGAGGACUGCGUGGUGAUGAGGUAUAAUGGGAGGUGGAACGACCAGAACUGUCGCCGGGCUUUCCCUUACAUCUGCCAGAUCAACUGA